AUGGGUGACACUACGCUUGGUGAUACUAAGCCGCGGAUCGCCAUCGUCGGCGGUGGCGUUGUUUCUAUGAUCUUAACCUUUGGCCUGAUCCAGCGAAAGAUACCAGUACGCGUGUACGAACAAGCUUCUGGGUUUCGAGAGAUUGGGGCGGGCUUUGCUUUCUCGGCAUGUGCCCGUCAUUGCAUGGACCUCCUGAACCCCUCCGUCACCGAAGCCCUGAAGCGAUGCGGCGCUGUGCCUAUCUCAGAUGAGAACGAGAAAGACAACUAUCUGCGUUGGAUUGAUGGGUACAACCAGCAUCGACUGGAUGACCUCAGCUACCAGAAACCUCUCGCCCAGAUUGGAGGUGGCGGCUUCCGAGGCUGCCGACGAGAUCAGUUCCUCCAGGAGCUUGCCAAGGAUCUGCCACCCGGAGUAAUCGAAUUCAGUAAACGAAUGGAUACUUUGGAGCAUAGAGAAGAUGGGAGUAUUCUCCUGACGUUUGCAGAUGGUACUACAGCUGAGGCUGAUGCCGUCAUUGGGUGUGACGGUAUCAAGUCCAAUGUUAGAAAGUCUAUCCUGGGUAUUGAAAAUAAGGCAUCAUACGCCCAGUACACGCACAAGGUUGCUUAUAGGGGUCUUGUCCCAAUGAGUGCCGCCAUUGAGGUCCUCGGACCUUGGCUAGCCAACAACUUCCACCACCAUAUCGGCCCCGGAUCACACGUCACGCAUUACCCUGUGGCAAACCAUCAAGCUCUCAACGUCGUCAUCUUUCUGUCUGAUCCAGGGCCCUGGUCUGGCGACAGCAGCAUGGUGUCUGAAGGCUCCCGCGAUGAGGUUGAGGCUGCUCUGCAUGACUGGCACCCAAAAGUCCGAAAUCUGGUCAGCCUGAUGCCUACUAAGCUGAGCAAAUGGGGAUUAUUCGACCUGGGAGAUUAUCCGGUGCCGACAUAUUAUGACCGCUCUGUAUGUCUUGCGGGUGAUGCCGCUCAUGCAACCAGUCCACAUCAUGGCGCAGGUGCUUGUUUAGGUUUGAGGAAUUCUGUCGAGGUUGCAUUCGAUACCUUUGACAAGAUGCGUCGUCGACGGACUCAAUGGCUAGUGAACAGCAGUAGAAGGGUAUGUGAUCUGUACCACCAGCGCGAGUGGGCAGAUCCCGAGCGCUGGACCAAGGCAGAUACGUGCUUUGAAGAGAUCCGAGACCGCUCGUACAAGAUUUGGAAUUUUGAUGUUGAGGGUAUGGUUCAGCAGACGCUUGAAAAGUAUGAGGAGCGACUACGGGGACAGCCUGAGAUUGCUGAAGGGUUCAGUGAAGAGGAUGGCUACACUUUGUAG